ACAGAGCUGGGGGCGGAUGGGAGAUUGGAGAGAUACGGGUCAUGAUACCACUACGUCCAGCCUAAACGCUGGGUUUUUUUUUUCUCCUUUUCUUCGGGCUAUGGAUAGGGAAGAGAGGGCCUUUGGUGGAAUGAUAAUGAGAAAGGUUGCCGAGGCUUGACGCCGGCGACAUGUUCAUGUUCCAUCUGCAUUGCUUUCUCUCUCGCAUUUUGCAGGCCCUGCUUCCAUCGAGGUGCUUGUGCGACAUAGGCUUGAAGCGGACGAGAUCCAUGAACCUCGUGACGACAGGUGCGAUGUCUCGUGCAGGCUGCGGCGACACGUCGGGGUCAUGCAUUGAUUAUACAUGUCGCUGUGACUACUCUGCUCUACCUAUUAUGUCGGACGCAAAACUGUUCAUGACUUUCUCCACGGUAGGUUGUUUAGUUUUCUUUCUUGCCCUGUUCAUCCUCCGUUGCUGUUGAGUCAUUCCGAAGCCGUCGAAGGUCCCGCGCGUCUUAAACCCAAGCCCCCUUUCGCGAAUGAUAUUGUCUCCGACUUGACAAUGAUAUGUGCCGAGAGGAAAACCACCGGA